UGCAUCAACUACUUAUUCCUACUUGCCAUCAUGGGUUUCCUCGACGCCUUCACCAGCUCACAAUCCGAACAGUUCUAUGACUCGGAUGCACCUCACAAAGCUAGCCUGAGUCACGAACUCCUCGGCGGUGCCGUCGCGUUCGAGGCUGCAAAGGCUUACGAAGAUCACUGUGCCAAGAAUGGCAAGCCCGAUAACCAUGCUCUGGCCAAGGAACUCUUUGCUGGUUUUGCCGGAGCUGCACUUGACCGCGUGGUUGAGACCAAGGGUGCUGAUGCGUGGUCCGACCACCAGAGGAAGAAAGCGCACGAGCAUGCUAGGGAGCAGAUCAACGAAACAUUCACCGAGACUGUUUACGAGGAGAACUACUAGUUCUGGCGAAAGAGUUAUCCCGCGUGUCAAAUAACCUGUACUUGGUAGUUGAAUCCCAACUUGUAUAGCUUCAAUUUCAUGGACAAACAAUCCCGAAUACACAAUGCGCGCUGGGAUAUACAUAGUCAAUAACCCAUUGAUCCUUGAUUGAUCCAUACUGUA